AUGGCUGCUUUACCGGUAGAUAAUGUUACAUCAAACGAGGAAUUUCAUGCUUCUUUCCGAGAGAAGAUCUUCAAGAAUGGGCCAUGCGAGUUGGAUGAAUUCAGAUGUUUAAACAAUGAAUGCAUUGCUCGAGAUCUCCAUUGUAACGGCAUAAAAGACUGUAGCGAUAGAUCCGACGAAGAUUUUUGUUUAGCUCGUUGGGCAAGUAAUUGUCCCACUUCCUACCCAUUUACUCUUUGCGAUGCAAACAACAAACAAUUUGAGAAAUGCAUCCCAAAGGCAUGGUUGUGCGAUGGUGUGCUCGACUGUACAUCUGGCUGGGAUGAAAAGUAUAAUUGCAGCAAAGAACACUUCGUCUUGAAACCACUGGAAAAUGUCAAUAUUCCACGACGUAUUGCUGUAGAUUGGCUUCUGGGCUUGCAAAGGAACACAAGUAUCCUCAAAUGGGGCUCUAAAGUGCAACACAUUGCUGUUGCCCUGCAUCUUGCAAAUGCAAAGUUACCAGAAGUAAUUAAAUCAGAACUAGCGCAUGAAGUGGUCAUUCAGUUUCUAUCCAGACUGGUUUUGAAAAAGAUUGCAGAUAUUCCUAGUGGAGAAAUUGCACAGUACGUGAAUGCUUUUCUUGCUACCUGCAUCGACCCGAGAAAUUUUUUCAAGCAAGAUUUAGUGGCUGAACUCCGAAAACGAGUAAAUGCUCAGAAAUACACUAAUCCUUUCCUCAUGUUAGCUUUGUGUAACGCGGGGGAAGACAUUACAGAGAAAGAUGCUAAGAAAGUGUACGAAGCUUUUAAGAGUAAUCAUAAGGAACCUUGGACAGACAUUCAAGCGUACGCAGUCAUGGCUUUGGCUUGCGCUGCUGCCCAGCCACGAACCACUUGGGAUGUUCAGAAAAUAGAGGAGUUGACGAUGGAACUGAAGCAAAAACAAUUAAGAAAUGGAACAAUAGAUAAUUUAAAAACGACUGCUCUAGUGAUGCAGGCUCUUUAUGCUGCAGAAGAAGAAGAAGACGAAGCUAAUUUUGACGAGGAAAAAGCAAUGAGACGUAUUUUGGGGAAACAAUUGGAUGACGGAUCGUUUGGGGAUGUUGUCAAUACUUAUUAUGUUCUCCCAGUUCUCAAUCACAGAAGCUUGGUUAAUAUAAGCUUUAAUAAAUGUGAAAAACAAAAAGAUGAUGGAAAUAUAGAGGUUAAUGACUUGAUAGAUGAAGUUGGUCCCACAUUGUACGUCCAAUACUCUCUGUGGAUAGGCGACAAAAAAGACCUUCAAAGGAGCCUGAAAGUACGAGUACCAGUCAACACAUCAUUCUACGGUGUCAUGGAAAAAUCCGCACAACUGGACGACAGAUAUAGAUUUGAGUUUAACAUAAAGGAUGGAAAACCUUACAUCUAUUCUCUUUCGAACAUUCAAGAUGAUCCCGAAAAUGAAAGAUUUUGGUUUCCUUACACAUUUGUGCGCAUAAAUGGCACCACGCAGCUAGUACCAAUACAAAGCAGUCCAGUUGAUGUUGUUCCCAGUAAUAACCAACACGUCAUAUAUUGGUACAAAACAGCCUCAUGGAAAUGAACAAAUAAAAACGUCGACUAUGCCUUGUUUUUGUAUUUCAGAAAUAAAAGGCUAACAUAAGAUUUAUUUUAAUAAAACAGUUUGAAAAGUUUUAAUUGAACUGUGGGCUGGACGGUAACAUUAUUGUUAUGCCUCUAAAAGCAGUUGCAUAGAAAUAAUUUUUUAGAAAGAAUUUGGGGACCAAAAAUUGAUUUAUGGGAUAAACUUUAACGUUCAAUAUUUUGUCAAUUAAGUGGGGAAACUAAUUUAGACGGGUCAAAAAAUCCACUUUUUUUUGUAUCAUAAAGUGUUAGUAAAAAUAUUCAAAAAUAUGUUGCCAAAAUUUCAUUGGAAAAUUCAGAUUUGUCCGAUGCUAUGAGCACUUAACUAAAUCGUAGAGAUUCGAAAACGUUCACAGCAAUAUUUUUCAAAUGCGUUUUUCUCGAAACAAACUCUAGCUCGAAGAAUUAUUCACCAAUCGUUCUGAAAUUAUAUGUAAAUAUUCUGUAUUCAAUUAUAAUCUAUAUGAACCUCACUCUGGGAUGUUAUUAUUAAUAUUUUUU